AGAAAUAGUUCUAGCUGCAUAUGCAUAGUAGUAUGGUGAUUAAGUUGUUUAUGGUAAAUAAACUUUUGUAAAUCAUUAAUUACUCAAGUGCUUUCAAAUUUAUAUAUAUAUUUGAAGUCUUGUUUGAUAAUGAAAUGAUCACACUGUUCAUUUAAUAAUUUUUGAUAAAACAAAUAAUUCCUUUUUAUAUAGGCUUGCAAAGUUUUGAUGUUAGUCAUUUUCUAAUGAUCCUAAUUUUUUAAUUAUCUUAAUGAUAUGAAAGAAUUUAGUUGUAUAUUGCAGCAAAUAUUUAUCAUCAUUUCUCAACUGACAGGCCAAGCAUUUACAAAAUUUAGAAAAAAGAUAUUUUCUAAAAAUAGAAAUAAAAGUUUUUGUAAUAAAUACUUUGAUAUCUUAUUAAUGCUUAUAUAAGCUAUUUGUCACUUUUAAGAAUAUGUUCCAGAUAUGGAUUCGUGUUCCAAUGCGAGCUCCCUGUGAUGACUGCAAGAUUUAUGUAAAUGAACCACGUAUAAAUUGUGAAGGGGAUUCUAAUAUAGAUUUAGAUGUACCUGAAGAAGAUACUUGGCAUUGGUGGAAUAUUUUUCGUAGUGUUUGCAAUACUGAGAAAAAGUUAGGCUUAGCUCUAGAACUUAGUGCUGAUUUGCCUUCCCAAUCAGAACUUGAGAGAUGGCUUGGAGAACCAUUACGUUGCAUCAUUGUACCUACUUCAAUAUUUUUAACUAAUAAGAAAGGUUAUCCAGUUUUAUCACGUGCUCAUCAAGGAUUCAUUCAGAGGGCUUAUAAGUUAGAUGUACAAGUAAUGAUUAAAGGAGUAAAUAUGCAUGGAAGUAUUAAACAUUAUCAACAGUAUAUGGAGCAUUUAUGGUUGACUCAACCUCCAGAUGAUACACUAACUCAAUUUGCACGAGGAUACGAGGAUUACUUACAAGUGCCAUUACAGCCUUUAAUGGACAAUUUGGAAUCUUGUACAUAUGAAAUAUUUGAAAGAGAUCCAGUUAAAUAUACUGAAUAUCAAAAGGCCAUGUACCAAGCUAUUGUUGAUAGAGUAUGUGAUGAAGAUAAAGAACACAAAACAAUUAUUUUAAUGGUUGUUGGUGCUGGCAGAGGUCCACUGGUUCGGGCUGCUUUAACUGCUGCUCGAAAAGCUGAAAGAAAGAUAAAAGUAUAUGCUGUUGAAAAAAAUCCUAAUGCAGUUGUAACUUUGCAAGCACAACAGGAUGAAAUGUGGGGAGAUAGUGUAAUUGUUGUGAAUAGUGAUAUGAGGCUUUGGAAUGCUCCAGAAAAAGCAGAUAUUUUAGUGUCAGAAUUACUUGGAUCAUUUGGUGAUAACGAAUUGUCCCCAGAAUGUUUAGAUGGAGCACAAAAGUUUCUUAAAGACGAUGGAAUUAGCAUUCCUGCAAGCUAUACUUCUUACAUAGCACCUAUACAUUCCCCUAAAUUAUAUAGUGAAGUUGCUCAAAUGAAAGAUAGAGAUAAACAUCCACUCGCUCCAUUUGAAAUGCCUUAUGUUGUUCGACUGCACAAUAGGACUGAAUUAGAUGAACCCCAACCAUUAUUUACAUUUUAUCAUCCAAAUAAAGAUAAAGUGAUUGAUAAUACAAGAUAUAAAGUAUUAACAUUUGAUAUAAAAUAUAAUUGCACUAUACAUGGCUUUGCUGGUUAUUUUGAAACAGUUUUAUAUAAGGAUAUUGUUUUGAGCAUUGUUCCACAUAAUCAUUCUUCUGGAAUGUUCAGUUGGUUUCCAAUUUUCUUUCCACUUAAAGAACCACUUUAUAUAUUGGGUAAUAAUCAAUUAGAAGUACAUUUUUGGCGAUGUGCUAGUCGAAACAAUGUUUGGUACGAAUGGUGUGUUGCAAAGCCUUAUGUUUGUCCAAUACAUAAUCCAAAUGGGAGAUCUUAUACAAUAGGAUUGUGAUAUUGUAUUUUAAAAAAACAUAUUUAAGAACCAAAAAUAAUCAGGAAGAGACUCUGGAACUAGAAGAAUGAAAAUUUUAAAUAAAUAGAAAAAUGUAUAAAUCUUGACAAUUUUAUUUGCAUAUACUAUUGUUUGAUAGUAUUUUGUUGUACUUCUUGUUCUGGAAUCUCUAUAUUUCUGUGAUUAUGACUUUUAUUGACUGUAUUAAAUAGAAUAAAUAUAUUCUUUAAAAACUGCUUUCUACUGAAUUGAAAAGACAACUGUUAGUAUAAUUCUUCUGUACUAAACAGUAAAUAAAGUAAAUAUUUUAAGAUCUGA